GCUUCUUUGUCCCUUGUCUUCCAUUUUUCUUUGUCCUCCCUUUCUUUCCUCUUUUCUCUUCUCUCUUUCUUGUCUUUUACUUCAAACAGCGCUACAUUAUAUAAUACUCCAUCCUCACAAAGAUAUCCCCAUUAUUUGUGUAGAUCACACACACAUUCUCUUUCUUUCACUUCUACAUCCAUCUCAGUCUUCUCUCUAUCUUUCUCUACUAGUCAUAUCGAUACUCAUUCCUCGGGAUUCAUUCUGCCAACAUGGGGAACUUCAAAGUCCUUUACUCCUUCAUUAGCAACCGCGUCCUCCCUAGAGCUAACAGUGACGAUAGCGCCGUUUCUGUUACUUCCCAAGAAACUUGCUCUGACUACCCUAAUUAUCAUCAUAAACAGCAUCGUCGCCACUACAGCGACACCUCUUCUGCAAUCUUACACAAAGAGGCGAUCCAACAACUCUUUCCUUGCGAAGAUCGACACUCCUUUAACCCACACUACCAGCACAACCUCCACUCCACUUCUCCAAUAUACUCCACUCCUCCUUCACUUUCUUCUUCACCCACAAAUUCAUCUCCUUCCUCUACAACCUCGUCCUCAUCUCAAGCAUCCUCCACAUCAAGACCUUAUUACCACUAUAACUCUUCUUCCAGACGAUCAUUAUCAUCUCCACACACGCGUCAGCAGUAUCAACACCUUCAGCAACAACAUCAACAUCAGCAGCAGAAGCAAAGACAGCAGCAACAGCAACAUUCUCGCAGCUAUAGCUAUAAUCGUCAACAGGCCAGACGACAAAACCAUCAACGAAGUUACGUUAAUCAGCCAUAUUUCGAGUCGCCCUCGCUCGAAGAUGAUUUGGUGAUCGGUUAUGAUAACCAGCGUAUCUUUUAUGAGUCUGGUGCCUCAGCCUCCAUGACUCGCGUUCAUCCCAAUGGCUCACCCUCAUAUCCUUCUUCUCCGACCUCAUCCAUGUCUUCAGCCUUUGCUCGCCAGCAACAACAACAACAACAACAACAACAACAACGCUUGCAAGGACAUCGUCGGACGGCCAGUCACAUCUCUGCUUCCUACUCCGUGUCGGAGAAUGAAAGUACAUCUUCUCCUGCGUCUCGAUCUCUUGUUACAUCAACCGCCUUACAUGCAUCGCCUGCUGUUGUCAAAGCAAACAUGCUUCCAAGCAUCUCCGAAGUCACUGUCGCUGCAUUUGUUCAGGACGAAGAAGAUGUUGACUCUGUUUCGGCUCUCGAGAAUCGCUCUUCGGGCUCGGCCUCGGGCUCGGCCUCGCGUGCGUCCGAAUCAUCAAAUGAUUCUCCGACGACAGCUAAACAAUCAUUGAUGCGUAUUGCCCGAUGCAGUUCUCGUCAAGACAACUGGUGUCCUCUCCAGGCCGGUCAAUGGACUCGCCAUUAUGCUGAAACGCGUUCUUUUGGCAUGAUGACUGAUGGUCGUCGUGCCAGACGUCUCUAA